AAAUCGCUCACGUUAUGGGUCGUAAGGUAUAAUCAUCCCAAGCGAAAUAGUUGCUGCUCCUAGUGCGUCGGUGUUCAGAACAAAAUUAAAAAACUGGCUUGUCGAGCAGGCUUUCUAUAAUCAUAACGAACUAUUUUGUGUUGAUUUAGGAUAGGAUACACAUACUGUUGUACUGUAUUUUUGUGUGAAAAUGUGAAUACCUACUCGUAAUUAAUUAUCUGCAAUAUGUACAUAAAUUUAGCUAUCGUAGUCGUUUUAGUACUUUCAUCGUAGUUCGUUGCAUUUUAGCCGCAUAUCUACCCCAGUUUUUACGAUCAUUAUGACAGGUAUGAUUCGUUUUCGCAAAUUCUAUUAGCAAUCUUUUUGAUGGGCCCAGGGUCAAUUGUUCCUAGAGAUCUGCAGCUUCGAGGCUUCUGUUCAAGAGACAACAUACUAAAUUAGGUAUUUAUAAUGAAAUGCACGAAACUUCGAGGUAAUUUUUAGUGUUUCGAAAUCAGGCAUUUAGGAUGUUGCAAAUUUUCUUGCUAUUUGAAAAAGACCAAUUUUCAGUGAUCUCUUCUCUUUACCGGUGUAAAGUCGAACAGCGUAAAACCAGAAUUAUUAAUAUUGCAAUAUAUAAUAGAAUAAUAAGACUUUAUCGCGGUAAGAAAGUCGUAGUCAUCUUGCUUGAUAAAAAAAAAAAAACAAAAUUACAGCGGCUUGAAAUUUACAGUUUUUUUGGUACAGGCCUUAGAACAAGUUCCUAUGAAAUUGGCCUCGUAUUUGACGUAAGUACUUCAAUGUAAGAAAAAAUAAUCAAGUCGACUUUAAGUAACGGAACCCAAGCGUCACGAUAUGUCUUCCCAACCCGCCUGGCAUGCAAACUUUACUUUUAUACCCGUAAAAACGCUAUCGAUCUAUUCUUUCUUUUUAUUAUUGAGCAUCGGCAAGUCAGUGUGCCGUGCCAGCUAGUAUUUGCCGGUGUUUUGGCGGUUUGCAAGUUCUUUUAUUUUUAUUCGAUUUUUAAAUCACGGGACACAGUAAUCUUAACCAUGGCGAAGAUGACAGAAGCCGAAAUCCUGGCCAAGAUGAAGGUGCUGGAGGACCGGAUCAAAGCACCCUCCAUAUGGGGCCGCGUGCCGUGCGGUGUCCGUUUCGAAGACCUUCAAGACAAAUACUACGAAGAUACGGUCAGGCUGUUGAAGAAACAUUACUUGUCCGAGGAACUGACAUACAGAUCGGUAAAGAUAAGCGAGGACAAAGAGGGCGUGGACGAGUUCGCGCACAACUUGCGGAUAUGGAUGAAGGACAAGAUGUCCAUCGCGGCGGUGAAGGAGGGUACAGAGAAACUCGUCGGCUGUCUAAUCAUGCGGAUACAGGAAAAAAGUGCAUAUUCCCGGACAUUCAGUCGCGUGAAGUUAACAUAUAACCCGCUUUACAGCACCGUUAUGAAGUUUUACAAUGAGAUUGAGAAACCUGUAAAUUUAUUCGAGAAGCUUGGCGUCAGAAAAUAUCUGAAGGUGUACAUAAUGGCUUUGAAGCACAGAUACCGUCAUAGAGGGUUAAUGAAAGAGAUGCUGUCAGCGGCUAUCGCUUUAUGCGUAAACGCCCACAUUCCUGCCAUCACCGGUAUCUUCACCACUAGCCGUUUGCACCAGGUCGCUGAGGAAAUGGGUUUUCGCAAGUACCAUGAGAUAUACUACAAGGACUAUAAAGUAGAUGGCAAGGUAGCGUUCGAAGACGUUGGCAGCGGCAACCACGGGUCAGCAUUAAUGGCAUAUCGCAUCCCUGAGGUGGAGGAACUACAAGAAGUGGAGGCACAGCACUCUUCGCGGUUUAAUAUCCAGUCCCUCGAGGAGGAGUCCGAUCCCUCGAUAAUUCCGCAUAUGGUGUAGAGGUUGUCUAAAAUUAAGCCAAAAGUCCAUCCUGCCUACUCUACCUCGUCCUCGUCAAACAUGUUUUAAUUAACCGCUGAGGACGUAACAUAAAAUUGUGCAGUAAUGUAGAAGUAUUAACAAAAAGGUAUUAUUAUUUGUCGCAACGUCAUUUUUGUAAGGGUGUUCACGACGCGAUGAUAUGACGACUGUUCUGCAACUCGAAAUUCAUGGGUCCGAAUGGCAAACAUGUAAUGUUAGAAGCCAUCGAAAGUGGAAACCAUGAGAAAGCAUUAGGGCAGCAUUAAAGGCGUAUCGCAUCUCAAAGGGGGAAAACUACAAGCAUUCGCCGCGGUUUAGCUUCCCGGCCCUGUAACGAAGGUUCGGAGUCAGUUCAACAGCCGACUUAUAAUAUGGAUGUGCAAGCUGUGCAAAUCUUGUUUCUCAUAAGACAUUGAGUGUCGUUGAUUUGGCUUUAUGAAAAGUUUUUACAUUUUUAGAAAC